AUGGCUCUGAGUGGAAACUGUAGUCGUUAUUAUCCUCGAGAACAAGGGGCUGCAGUUCCCAACUCCUUCCCUGAGGUCGUGGAGCUGAAUGUUGGGGGUCAAGUUUAUUUCACUCGCCAUUCCACAUUAAUAAGCAUCCCUCAUUCCCUCCUGUGGAAAAUGUUUUCCCCAAAGAGAGACACAGCUAACGAUCUAGCCAAGGACUCCAAGGGAAGGUUUUUCAUUGACAGAGAUGGAUUCUUGUUCCGUUAUAUUCUGGACUAUCUCAGGGACAGGCAGGUGGUCCUGCCUGAUCACUUUCCAGAAAGGGGAAGACUGAAAAGGGAAGCUGAGUACUUCCAGCUCCCAGACUUGGUCAAACUCCUGUCCCCUGAUGAAAUCAAGCAAAGCCCAGAUGAAUUCUGCCAUAGUGACUUUGAAGAUGCCUCCCAAGGAAGUGACACGAGAAUCUGCCCCCCUUCCUCGCUACUCCCUGCUGACCGCAAGUGGGGUUUUAUUACUGUGGGUUACAGGGGGUCCUGCACCAUGGGCAGAGAGGGGCAGGCAGAUGCCAAGUUUCGGAGAGUUCCCCGGAUUUUGGUUUGUGGAAGGAUUUCCUUGGCAAAGGAGGUCUUUGGAGAAACUUUGAAUGAGAGCAGAGACCCUGACAGAGCCCCAGAGAGAUACACCUCCAGAUUUUAUCUCAAAUUCAGGCAUCUGGAAAGGGCUUUUGAUAUGUUGUCAGAAUGUGGAUUCCACAUGGUGGCCUGUAACUCCUCAGUGACAGCAUCUUUCGUCAACCAAUAUACAGAUGACAAGAUCUGGUCAAGUUACACUGAGUACGUCUUCUAUCGUGAGCCAUCGAGGUGGUCAUCCUCGCACUGUGAUUGCUGCUGCAAGAAUGGCAAGGGUGACAAAGAAGGAGAGAGUGGCACCUCUUGCAAUGAUCUCUCCACCUCCAGCUGCGACAGCCAGUCUGAGGCCAGCUCUCCCCAGGAGACAGUCAUCUGUGGGCCCGUGACACGCCAGACCAACAUCCAGACUCUGGACCGUCCCAUCAAGAAGGGCCCCGUCCAACUGAUCCAGCAGUCAGAGAUGCGACGGAAAAGUGAUCUGCUCCGGACUCUGACUUCGGGCUCCAGGGAGUCGAACAUGAGCAGCAAAAAAAAACCUGUUAAGGAAAAGCUCUCAAUUGAGGAAGAGCUGGAGAAAUGCAUCCAGGAUUUCCUAAAGAUCAAAAUUCCAGAGAGGUUCCCUGAGCGAAAACAUCCAUGGCAAUCUGAACUUUUACGGAAGUAUCAUCUAUAG